AAAAAAUAAUUUUGUGUAAUUUAAUGUAAAUUUAUUUAUAUUCAUAUGUAUAAUAGUAUAAGAUGUGCCAGAGUCAGUCUGUGCAGAAUCCUCGGAUAUAGAAAUUUCCGUAAAUUUACAACAGAAUCAAACACACAACUUGUGGAAUCCAAAAGUACCUUGAAUCCAUUUGGACUUCCAGAAUCUAAAGAAUUUUUUGUACCUGGAAUCACCUCAGAUCCGUUCUAUAAAGAUAUCAACCUUCCAAAAAGGUGUAUAGGAUGUGGAGCUCAAUUCCAGACUAUAGACCAGAACAAGCCAGGAUAUGUGUGUUCUGAUGUUCUUAACGAAUCAGGAGCUAGAGGAUCAUCCAAGCUACCAAGGAUUCGAGGAGUGGAAAUCGAAAAUGCUCCAGAAGGCGUGGAAGUAAACAAGGCUGAAUUUGGAAGGUUUUCCACAAAAAAACGUAGAGUGAUUUGUCAAAGAUGCUAUAAACUACAGUAUUACAAACGACUAGAUACUAAAAAUGAAGUUGAAUCCUCUCGUGAAAUGUUGGUUAAAGAGUUUUUGGAUACAGAAAAUUUGAAAAGAAACUCCGUAAAGAGAGUUAUCUCCUCAAACCUAAACUCAAAACAAUUUCCAGUCUUGAUGACUCAACUGGAGUCUGAGACCAACAUAGCCCAUAAUUCAGUCAAAAUCUCUUCAACAUCAGAAAUAAUUAGUAAUAUGGCUACAAGAAUUAAAAACAAUAGUUUAAUAUUAUUUGUGUUGGAUUUGACAAACUUAGAGAUUUCAGUAAUCCCAGAACUUUAUAUAGCUCUGAGAAAUAGAGCUUUGGAUGUAAUUUGGAUCGCAAAUAAGAUAGACGUACUACCUAAGGUUGUGGAGCAGUCAGCGAUUAAAAGCUGGCUGAAGUCAGUAGUGAGGCACAUUGGAAAUUCUAAAAGUUCUGAUAUAAUCUUGGUGUCAAGCGCAAAGGGAACUGGGUUCGAUAAACUCGAAAAUAGGUUCAAGGAAUACUUGAAAGAUGGUGAUCCAAGAAACAUAUACGUCGUGGGAGCAACUAAUGUAGGAAAAUCAACAUUUGUGAAUAGAUUUUUGGAUUUUAUCAGAUACAAGCAUGUUGGAACACUUAAUUUAAGGCGUAGUGUGGGUGGAACAACAAGGUCGGCAAUUCCAGGAACUACUUUGGAAUUCAUUGAAUUUGGUCUCCCAAGUGGAUUUAAAUUAGUAGAUACACCAGGAAUACCAAUUAUAUCUCAAAUUCCCUCAAUUCUCUACAAACCUGUAGACUUAGUCUCGAUUUCAAUGACUAAAACUAUAAAUCCUCUGUACAUUAAACUUGAUGAAGGACAAACUCUUUUAAUUGGAGCACUGGGGAGAGUUGACCUGGUUCAGGGCUCUAAAUGCAUUGUUCAGUGUUUCUUUGGUAAUGGAAUAACCAUGAAAGUCUGCAGGACUGUUGCAAGUGAAGAUAUAGUUAAACACCAGGUAGGAAACAAGUUGUUCCCGCCACACUCAAAGGAUGAUUAUGAUAAAAUCCUGCCAUUUUCAAAAUAUAGAGUAACCGUUAAUUGCAACGGACCGAACCCGUUAGAUGAGUUUGUAAUUUGUGGUUUGGGAUGGUUUUCAUUCAGUGGAACAGGACCAAAGAUAGUUGAAAUGUUUGUACCAAAAGGUGUAAACUUUUUAAGAAGGCCAGCAAUGGUUACGAGCCCACCCAGAAGAGCUGAUAAAUUUAAUAUAAUAAAUCAAAGAGGAAGAAUUAAAGGUGUAAUGAAACUCAGAAAAUGUAUGCUGGAUGAAUCUCAGACCCCAUCCAUGGAAUCAUAACAAAUAACGCCAAAC